CGUCAUACGAAAAUUUAGUGUUGGAUUGGAAGGUUGUAAAAGUUGUGUUUUGAUACGAAUUAUGCAAUUAAAUCGCGAUAGUUGUGCGUGAUUACUAUUUUAACACUCUUCCUUCAACAAUGUCUCACGAGACUGAUCUGUUAAUUUCGGUACCGCGUUCUUGUGUUGGUGAUUUUUACACCAAGUAUCUCAAUUUAGUAGAAACUUUUUACUGUGUUACAUUAAGUGAGGCUCCAGGCUUUGCGAAGGAUAGAUCAGAUUAUGUGUUCUUCAACGUCAUAUUUAACUUGAAUCCAGCAGAUGGGAGCUUCAAUCAACGUGAAUUGAUCGGGCGUAUACAGAAAUAUGUGGAGUCAUCACUGGGCUGGGCCGGCGAGCGCGGAGAGGACUCCAGUUAUGACUCGGAGUGCGAGGACGAGAGUGCACACAGGGCCGCGUCGCGAACGCCCUCCGACACACUCGCGGCAGAGUUCGCGGAGUACGUCACGCUAGCGUCCGCCGCGCCGCAGCUUAACCAGGCGAAGAUAGAGUUCGCAGUGAAGCUGGGUUAUUCAGAGCGACUGGCGAGGAUAGCCCUGCAGAGGCUAGGACCUGACCCUCCACGCAAUGAAUUGCUAGCCGAGCUCAUCAAACUGGCGGCCAAGCAGCCGCCACGGACGCUGUCCCCGCCCCCGCCCUCCGACCCUGACCCCCCGCCCGAUAGGGAACUGCUGCGACAAAUAGUCAUCGAUGGCAGCAAUGUUGCAAUGAGCCAUGGCAACAAAGAGGUAUUUUCAUGUCGAGGAAUAGAAAUAUGCGUGGAUUGGUUCCGCGCCCGCGGGCACAAAGACAUCAUAGUGUUCGUGCCCAAAUGGCGCAAGGAGGCGUCGCGGCCCGACAACCCUGUGGCGGACCGGGACGCGCUGGAGAGACUCGAGAGAGACAGAGUGCUCGUGUACACGCCCAGCCGCCUCGUGGGGGGCAAGCGUCUCGUCUGCUACGACGACAGGUACAUACUGCGCCUCGCCGCCGACACCGACGGCAUCGUCGUCUCCAACGACAACUACAGAGACUUAGCAGCAGAGAACCCCGAAUUCCGCAAGGUCGUCGAAGAAAGACUCCUGAUGUACUCCUUUGUAAACGACAGAUUCAUGCCUCCCGAUGAUCCUUUGGGUAGGUCAGGACCUACACUGGACGCUUUCUUACGCGCCCCGCCGUCUCGCGCAGAUCCACCUCCGGCCUGCCCGUACGGGCGAAAAUGUACAUACGGCAACAAAUGCAAGUUCCACCAUCCCGAGCGCGCCGGCCGGCCUCACAAGUCCGUGGCUGAAAAGUUGUCUGAAAGAGCGGCGCGGGCGUUGAGAGCGCGCGAUCUGCACACCGUCAGCUUGCCGCCGGGCGGCCGGCCCGUGGACUCCAAGCGCCCUCUAGCCCGGGCCCACUCGGCCGCCCCUCGACUGGCGGACGCGGCUCUCGCUACACACUUCGAACGAGCGCAGUUGCAACUGCCCGGGCCGUCGCAGCCGCCGCCGGCGCAGCAGAUGGCGGACGGCAACCCGCACCGCAAGCUGGCGCGGCAGCUGACGCUGAACCCGCUGAGCGACCCGCGGCUGCAGCAACACUCGGCGGCGGCGCGCGUGUCGUCGGCGCCGGCGGGCGGCGCACGCGCGGCGGGCGCGCCGCUGUCGCCGAGCGCGUCCGAGGGCGCGCUGCAGCACUGGGACGCGCGCCGCCGCAUGCACUAUCACCUGGCCGGCAUCUUCCCCGAGGCGCAGGUGGCGGAGGCCAUGGCGGCGUACCCGGAGGAGACGGACGCGCAGACCAUGUGCGCCAUCAUCCUAGCGCGCUACAGGCCCAGCGAGGCGCGGCUGCCGCGCGCGGCGCCGCACUGAGCCGCUGCCGCCGAUCGUCGCUCCGAGCGGACGAUGCGUUGACGAACCUGAAUUAUUUCGAUUUUGAAACAAAAUCGAUUCAAUAUUCGCUGUCGAUCAACGAGCUUCGGAACUUUUGGUGCUCAUUUGAAUUCGAGUGUUCUGGUACAUUGCCAAUAUAAUAAUAUACAUCGAUGUAGUAUUGAGCGAAUGUGCCUGUGGUUUUAACGAAUCUAGUAUAGUGCCAAUCACGCCAAUCCGUCACAUGAUCGUGUUACUAAUCAAGUAGGCAGUUAUACAUUUUUGUAAAUUUCAUUUAUUCAUUUUCGUUGUACACUUCUAAGAAGUGUAUAAUGUAUAUUUAAUAUGGUAUAACUAUAAUUUAAUUUAGACAUUAAGAUGUACAAAUUAACUAAAAUAUAUGUAUUUUGACAUUGUUAAUCUAUUAAAGUUUAAUUAAAUAUAUUUACCUUUUGGCUUAUAUACGCCUUUUAUAUUGUAAUCAUCCAGUGAAUCGAUUUUCCACUUAUCCAUCAUUUAAAUACAAGAUAUUACUCUAAUAUACUAAUUUUUCGUAGCUAGUAAAGCUUGUGUGAUGAUACAAACAAUAUAUAAUAUAUUGGUACUAUGUACCACUCUUUGAGUUUAGUGAAAACUUUUUAAUAUAAUGAAAAAAUGUUUAUAAAUUUAGUAUAUUAAGUUAUAGGUAUGACCACUUUUCAUUAAUGUUUUUAUUGUUCACAACUAUUUCAUAAGUAUAAAUUAAUUUGUAAUUAUGUCCAAUAUAUUACAUAAGUACCCUUUAUUCAGACCAUAGAUGACAAAAACAUGUGCAAGGUCUAUAAAUUGUCUUUGACAUAUUAUGUUCUAUACACAUAAACCAUGUUUUCUACAGUUUAGUAUUCAGUAGGAGAAUCUCUGUUGCCAAAAGGUGUCUGCAACACUCAACUAAUGUAUGUAAUGUAUGUAAAAUGUAUGUAACAUCCAAAUAGUUUUUGUCAACUAUUACAGACGAAAUGAUUAAAAAUCAUUGUUAAGACUUGGUCAUUCCUAUUUAGCAUUAACUCUAAUCAAUGGCCAGAUUUAUUAUGGACUAAUAGUCAUUUGGAUUAUACUUAGGUGUUAAAUUGACACACACAAUUUAUUGUUUGAUUUUUAUUAAAUUGAACUGUUAAAAAUUAAUGCAAUGCAUCAAUUGAAAUGGUAAGAUAAAUAUAUCUACUAGUGUGCUGUACUUCAUAUCAGUAUUUGUGUAUGGUGUAUGGCAUUAUUAAUUUAGUAUAAUUGACAAUCAAAUUUUACCAAUGUCCCACAGGUUACAAUAUUGCAACUGCAUAUAAGUAAAUGUCAUAAGUUUGGUAAAACUUGAUUGUGGUGUUCAGAAGUGUUUUAAAAUGCUUAUGUUAUUGUGUUUUAAGGCACAGCUGCCAACUGUCUUACAUUCCUUGUGGAAUGAUUAACAUGAUACAUGUCUUUUUUGACAUUAUGAUUAUUAAUGUUAAGAAUAAAAAAAAUGUCUUUAUCCUCAAAA